GCAUUCUGCAACACUCGUUCUCCCUCCACGUCAAACAUUUUUAUGUCAGUCAGUUUUGCAUCGUAAAAAACAUUUUCGGAAAAAUACGCGGAUAAAAUCCAUUAAAAACCCGUGAAAAUGGUGUCCGUUCUAAACACAAUCGAUACUGGCCACGAAGAUAUGAUCCACGGUGCCGAGGUGGACUACUACGGCUUGAGGCUAGCGACCUGUUCGUCGGACAAUUCUGUCAAGAUAUUUGACAUCAAAAGCGGUGCUCAAACGCUGGCCGCGGAUCUGAAAGGCCACGGCGGACCGGUAUGGCAAGUGGCGUGGGCCCACCCGCGGUACGGAAACAUCUUGGCUUCAUGCUCGUACGAUCGUAAGGUCAUCAUCUGGAAGGAGGUUGGUCCGGGAGAUUGGAGCAAAUCUUACGAGUACAACAAUCACGAUUCUUCCGUAAAUUCCGUCGCUUGGGCUCCGGCAGAAUAUGGGUUGAUUUUGGCUUGCGGAAGUUCGGAUGGAUCGGUUUCCGUUUUGACCGCAAGCGUCGAGGCUGGAACUUGGGACACGAAAAAGAUUCCAAACGCCCACAGCAUCGGCUGCAACACGGUUAGUUGGUGCCCUGCAACCGCACCGGAACCGGCAUUUGAUCAAAAGUCCAGCAAGUCUAACCUAGCGGUGAAACGUCUUGCAACUGGCGGAUGCGAUAAUUCGGUUAAAAUUUGGAAAGAGGAAGGAGAACGCUGGGAAGAGGAAAAACGUCUGGAACUGCACUCCGACUGGGUUCGCGAUGUGGCCUGGGCCCCGAAUGUAGGCCUUCCGCGGCACCAGAUUGCUAGCUGUUCGCAGGAUCGCCGAGUCAUUAUCUGGAGCAGCGAUGAUCUGCUAAACUGGCAAUCGACUAUCCUGAACAACUUUGACGACGUCGUGUGGAAUGUGAGCUGGUCCUUGACGGGUAACAUUCUGGCCGUUUCCGGUGGGGACAACAAGAUCAGCCUUUGGCGCGAGAACAACGAAGGCCAAUGGAUUUGCAUUAGCGAGGACACGAACGCUUCAGGACAGUCGCAUUCGCUGAACCAGACUCAGAACAAUUUCGUUCCUGAGCAAAGAACACUUUAGAUGCGAAAAUAAUUGUAGUUUUAUUGAUUUGGUUGUAACUUCUUUUUGAAUGUGUAUUCCAUAUAAUCGAUUCAUUGCUAAUAAACGAUAUAUAAAACAAA